AUGGUCUGCCCCCUCCCGCAUCAAUGCUCCGCGGCAUCCUGCUGGGCAGCAGGGGAGGCUGAAGGCAGUUCCGGGAGGAGGGUGCCUCACAGCUCCGCCAGCAAGCCUCAGGGCAGAUUCACUCGAAGAUCUGCUGGAUGCGGUGCUUCGGUGGCCUGCCACGAGGAAGAGGGGGAGCGGAGGGGGAGGGAGUGGGGAGAGAGUGAUGCUCAUCACUUGUGCCAAGGGAUCCAGUCAUCGAAGAACUUCUGCAUGCGCGUGCGUGUUGCUAUGCACCGUGUAGAGAAGGGAAGGGGAUGGGGGGAAGCAGGGAAGGGGAUGGGGGGAAGCAGGGAGCGGGAUGGGGGGAAGCAGGGAGCGGGAUGGGGGGAAGCAGGGAGCGGGAUGGGGGGAAGCAGGGAAGGGGAUGGGGGGAAGCAGGGAAGGGGAUGGGGAGAACCAGGGAAGGGGAUGGGGGGAGGCAGGGAAGGGGAUGGGGAGAAGCAGGGAGCGGGAUGGGGGGAAGCAGGGAAGGGGAUGGGGGGAAGCAGGGAAGGGGAUGGGGAGAAGCAGGGGAUGGGGGGAAGCAGGGAAGGGGAUGGGGAGAAGCAGGGAGCGGGAUGGGGGGAAGCAGGGAAGGGGGUGGGGGGAAGCAGGGAGCGGGAUGGGGGGAAGCAGGGAAGGGGAUGGGGAGAAGCAGGGAAGGGGAUGGGGGGAAGCAGGGAGGGGGAUGGGGAGAAGCAGGGAGGGGGAUGGGGGGGAGCAGGGAGCGGGAUGGGGGGAAGCAGGGAAGGGAUGGGGAGAAGCAGGGAAGGGGAUGGGGGGAAGCAGGGAGGGGGAUGGGGGGAAGCAGGGAGGGGGAUGGGGGGAAGCAGGGAAGGGGAUGGGGAGAAGCAGGGAAGGGGAUGGGGGGAAGCAGGGAUGGGGAUGGGGGGAAGCAGGGAAGGGGAUGGGGAGAAGCAGGGAAGGGGAUGGGGGGAAGCAGGGAUGGGGAUGGGGGGAAGCAGGGAAGGGGAUGGGGGGAAGCAGGGAAGGGGAUGGGGGGAAGCAGGGGGAAGUGAGAUCGACAGGGAGAGGGAGUGA